AUGGCGUCCCGCGACUGUUUCCCGCUCCCAGGGGAGCUCAUCGACGCCAUCCUGUCGCUGCUCGGCCCCCAGGACCUCGCGCGCGUCACCCAGGUCAACCGCACCAUGCGCACCUAUGCGCUCGCCGACCGCUACUGGGUUGGCUUCACGCUGCAACACCUGCCCGAGCGCGUCCACAAGCACUUCCCGCCUUCCGAGUCGUGCGUGCCGCUGCCCCCUCACAUCCCAUCGUACCACCACCUGUACGCCGCCCACGAGGCCCGCUGGUUCCUGGCGCGCUACAAGAUCUGGCUCUGCGGGCACGACAUGGUUGGCAAGAUUGUGGUGGCGCGCUACGAUCCGCGGCGCGGGUGCCUCGAAGGCUACCGGCUGCUGGCGGUGUCGCGCGAGAGACAGCGGCGGGCGCUGUUCUACCCACCGGCGCCCAACACGAUGGUGCACUCGUUCCACCCCGAGGUGCUGCUGCACCUGGACCGGCCUGUCCUCAAGCUCGAAGCGCGGCACCCGCCGACGAACGAGGACGCCGCCAAGGCGGACGGCGCCUCGGCGACAGGGACGCUGUCGUCGGCCAACACCAACGGGCCCAAGAUUGUGCUGUACCAGCCGCCGGCGCCGUUGUCGUUUGGGCAGUACAUGGAAAACAAGGCAGGACACACGGGAGCCAGCACAGACGACGCGGACGACACAGGUGGCGACACGCCCUUGCCGCCGGUGUGUCCGCGCAUCCGGCCCAUCGUGAUGGACAUGGACGGCGACAAUGUAUUGCUGUCGCAGAACAAUGGCAGCGACGGCGGCAGCAAUGGAGGCAACCGGCGAAACGGCCGUGGCAGUCCGAAUGGCGACAACACCGGCAUCGACAACAUCCACAUUGCUAUGGCCAACAACAGCAGCAGAAGCAGCUUUGUCACGAGCAGCCAGCUGCGGAGGCAGUUUGUCUAUGCGCGGCCGCUGACCGAAAAGGCGGCCAAAGGCGGGGGCUCGUUUACCAGGCGGGGCGAGAGUGCCGGCGGCCAGGCUGGCGACGACGACGACGGCGGUGACGGCGGUGACGGUGCUGGGGGUGCCCAAGCAGGCACCAUAGACACGACAGUCAUCCACGGCGCCCACAACGCCGGCGGUGCUGGCGCCACCCUCAACAUGCCUGCCGACGACGAGCUCCCCAUCGGCCGGCCGCCGUCCGCCUCGUCGCCCCUGCCCUUCCCCCUCUACACCGUCUGGCCGCCGCCCGCGAUUCCGUCCGAGCACCGUGUCCGCGGCACAGGCAUCAGCGCCAACCAUUAUCCGCGCGGCGCCGUUGGCCAGCCGCGCCUUCGCUCGGAGAUUUCCGACCGCGCCUUUCACAUGCGCACCUGGAUGGACAUGGGCGCCCCGCUCGGCGGCGGCGGCGGCAGCAGCAGCAGUGGCGGUAGCGGUGGCGGCUCGCCCAUGACGUUUGACGCGCUCGAGACGUACGCCACCAUCGACCCCAAGCACUACACGCCCACCGAGGACAAGGUGUAUCGCGGCAUCUGGGCCGGCGACUACAGCAGCCAUGGCGUCGAGUUUUUGCUCGUGCACCAGCCAGACGACGACGACGUCGACGGCACCAGCCCGUUUGACCCCGACGCGUUCCCCCAGCGCGACGACGAAAGCGACGCCGACCACGCCCGCCGCGUCCACAGCGCCCGCAUCCACCGCGGGCGUCUCGAGGGCAUCAAGCUGACGGGCGACCCCAACGUGCCGCGCGGCGAGCGCUCCUUUGUGGCGCCGGACCUCAGCGACGCCGGCCUCGACGUCGUGAUCGACGAGGCGCCCUUCCAGGGCGUGCGCGUCGUCAAGAGCGAGGGCCACAUUGCCGGCACGGGCUUCCGCAACGACCGCUACGUGGAGUCGCGCCUGCUGCUGAUCUCGCCGAACCAGCUGGCGCAGUACUGGGUGGGCUUUGGGCACAUUUCCUUUUUUGAGCGGGUGGACAUUGACAGGUUUGUGGAUGCGAUUGGCUAG